AUGCUGCAGAGCUUGCUGAUAAUUUGUCUAGCUGCACAAGUGAUAGCUAUAAAACCAUCCAGGGACGACAUUGAUAAACACAAUGGGAGAGACGAGAACAUCGCAAAGGUAUCAUACAGCUAUUCAGUGGCCAGUGAGGAUGGUGCUGAGAAGAUUCAUGGACAUCAGGUCUUCAGGACAGCUGACAAUGUCAAGGGGAACUUCUUCGUUCACCUGCCAAAUGGUCAAGCACAAUCCACAGUGGAUUACAUUGCUGAUGCCUUUGGGUAUCAUCCCAUUGUGAGAUACACAACGAAGGGAACAAACAGCCUGAUGAGUCAACAUUUCGCCCUCCAUACGGCAAAUUUGUCCACGGAACCACCAUCACAAUUGCCAAUUCAGCAUCCGGGCAAUCUUGAAAUUGUUGGGAUUGUGUCACCACAGCAAUUUAGCCUGUCGGAUCAGCAACAAGUGGUGCAAUCAUCACCUUCCCAUGCGGACAAUGACACACCACGGACUAUUCUCUUUCCAAUUGCCUCACCUUACCAGAAUUAUGUUACCGCCCAACCGGCGGAUGUGGAUUUUGUCAAUAUCAGUCCGGGUGUGAGCUAUCAAGUGGCCCAGGAUACCGAAACCAGGGACCACACCGAAGAGGUGGGCAUCCAAAAGUUAGUCGAAAGCACACAGAAUUUGGUGUCAAAUCAGGAUGUGCUCAAUAUCAAUGAGGCUGCUGAGGUGGAAGCUGGUACACCGGGAGAGAGUCUGUUCACUGCCACCAAUAGCACUGAGGAUGUGGCAAGUGAGGGACAGAAGGAAUUGGCGGCUGAAGAUGCCGAAGGAAGUCAAAAGCAUUUCCAGGCAAUUCGUGGUGAUCAGGGAGUGUUCGAUGAUCCCAUUGUUGUAGAUGAUGAGGAGGAAAAUGUUGUAGCAUCGAAGGAGUACCCAGAUCAAGAACCUAAGGAAGUGAGGAUCAUCCCAUCCAGGGAAUACCUUCCACAGCAAGACAACGAUGUCACUCCAAAAAGUAUAAAUGUUCAAAUAAUUGACGAUCACAAUAACGGGCAGUUCCUGAAGGAAACAACCUUCACAACAAGCACAACUCCUGCUGCAGAACCCGCUUCUCGGCAAUUCCUAAGACAAUUCAAGAGCAACCGAGGUCCUGAUGUCGUUUCUACCACAACAACCAGCACAACAAGGAUCUCCUCAGGGGGCGUGUCAGAUAAGGUCCUUGCACCCAUCCAGGCUGGUCUGAGACUCUCAAACUCAGAUGAGGACUGCGAUGAGCCUGACAAGGUAACCGAAAGGACCACUCAAAAAACCAUAGUUGAAGUCCAAAAAAGUGUCAAUGUAAAGAAUAUCGUGAUCACAGAAAAGAAGCCGCAUCCUGAUCGACCCGUUUUUGGGGCUCGCACCAAAUGCCGCAGCGGUAAUUGCAAUCCACCAAUUAUCGUAGAGAAACCAGUUGAUCGCAUUGUGCAGCAGAAAGUGAUUGUAGAGAAGCCAGUUCCUAAGAAAGUUGAGGUGCCGAAAGUGAUUGAAAAACCAGUACCAUAUCCCGUGGAAGUGCAGAAGAUCAUUGAUAGACCCUAUCCCGUUGAUAGGGUUGUGGAGAAAAAGGUUCCCGUACCCUAUCCUGUGGAAAGGGUUGUGGAAAAACCCGUUCACAUCACCAAAUAUGUCGAUCGACCCUAUCCUGUGGAGAAACAUAUCCAUGUGCCAGUAGAAAAGAUCGUAGAGAAACCCGUUACCGUUGAGAAGGUGGUAGAGAAACUUGUUGAUCGUCCAGUGCCAUAUCCUGUGGAAGUUAACAAGUUUAUCGAUCGACCGGUUCCAGUUGAAAAAGUCGUUGAGAAGCAGAUCAAGGUACCGUAUCCUGUUGAAGUGAAAAAGUACAUCGAUAGACCCUACCCAGUAGAGAAGAUUGUAGAGAAGCCAGUUCACGUACCCUAUCCUGUAGAGAAGGUUGUGGAAAAAAUUGUUGAUCGACCCGUUGAGGUUGAGAAGAUUGUGGAAAAGGAAGUUCAAAUAGCAGUUCCGGUAGAGAAGGUCGUUGAGAAAAUAAUAGAUCGACCGAUACCGGUUGAAGUUGAGAAGGUUGUAGAUCGGCCCUAUCCCGUUGAGAAACUGGUCCAUGUUCCUGUUCACAUUCCGUAUCAAGUACCUGUCCAAGUACCCGUCCAAGUUCCUGUUCAAGUUCCUGUCCAAGUCCCUGUACACGUACCCGUUCAUGUAGAAAAGCCGGUUGCCUAUCCUUAUCCUGUACCCGUAGCAGUUCCUAUCAACAAACACAUCCAUCACACCAAAUACGUAGGACACUCUGUAGUCCCUGUUGUUCACUACAAGGGCAAGCCCUUCUUCUACAAAUCACCCAAUAUCAAACACUUUCAUCUUGAUCAUCUUCCUGCAAAGCUUCAGAGCUAUCCCCUCACAGCUACGUCCACAGUCCUUCACCCUAUCGCCCAACCUAGUAUCACCAAGCACAUUCACCUCAACAGCCCUACGUCAGUCAAGGUGAACGCUGAUGCAUCGAUUUCAUCUGUCUACGGACAUCCACCACAGAAACUCAAACCGGUCUACGGAGUACCUGACAUUUUUGAUCAUCACGACCCCAAAACCACUCAUUUCAAUGUCAAGAUCAACGAUCACGGUUUCGGAGGAUAUGCUGGUCAUUUUGGCUACCACAGUGGCUUAGGGGCUGAUAGUGCAGCUCAUUCAAGCUACUCAACAGGGGUGAUCUUCAAGGAUGACUACCUAGGACCCCUUCCCCUGAAAACCGACUACUGGGGUCACAGUGUCAAUGUGCCUCGCUUCAAGUACCGUCGCAAUCUUGAUUAUCUCAAGAAUAUCCGAUGGGAGUACGGAUUCAAGCCCCCUCUUGUGCCAUCACCUGAGAUCGAUGAACUCGGCAAUCCUAUCAAUAAGGAUGCCAAAGAGACAUGAUCACUUUGCAGGGGUUUUCGGGGUGGGUGACCUCUGGGUCUGCGUUAGCGAAUACUUAAUGGGGUCAAGGACCAGUGGUAAAGGAAAAUGUCAUGAGACUGAUUGAAAAGUAAAUUUUUU